AUGUUAUCUGGAAGAAUGGCAUAUUUUACCAAUCCAGCUAUUUCAAGAGAGUCUUUGAAAAUUAUUUUAGGUAAUUUUGAGGUAAUUCCAGAAGAUCAUAGACUGAAAUUAUGGAUGACUGCCAUACUCCAAUUGCCCAACAACAAGACCCAGUAUUUGAAGUUGAGAAAAGCAGGGCAGAAAUUAGAUUCCAGCGUGAAGUUACUAGAAGAUGACAAAAUUGGAAAUGAAGCAAAAGUUUGCAAUCAAGUACUUAAAAGCUUGUUUGCACAUUGUUCAUCACUUAGGCAGUUCAAUCACUUUAACUUGGCUGAUUUUGUGGAACCUUUUUCUGGUCUUUUAGUAUCUCAUGAAUUAAUAUAUUUUGAGGUCAUGCUAACAAUUCUUGUGAAUUGGUGCCAACAUUGGUUUGAUCAUAUCCCUUUACCACCUUACACACUCUUGUCAAUGCUGGAUAUUAUAUUCCUAAAAAACCAUCCUGAGCUUUAUAAACAUCUUUCAAAUCUAGGUAUCAGAGCUAUUGACUAUGCUUGGAGAUGGCUGAGUACUUCUUUCAAAACUAUAGUUGAUCCUCAGGAAUGGCUAAUAGUUUGGGAUCACAUAUUGGUCAAUGAACCCAAUUUUAUGUAUUUCAUUCCUUUGGCUGCUUGCAAACUUCAAAGUAGAGACCUAAUGGAGCUUUCAACCCACAGUGAAAUAAUGGAAAUGCUUCACAGCACAAUACCUCUUGAUGCAAAUUCCUUAUUGAAAGAAGCCUACAAAAUGUGUGAUGCAACACCUGUGGAACUACAGCUCAGUCAAAUGCAUCAUUUUCAUCCAUUGAUUCCUGGUUACUAUCCAACAUUGAAUCCCACUGAUUUGAUCACCUUUCAUUCAACAGAAAAUAGUGACCUGGGCAAUCUUAAUCAACUUCUUGAAAAAGUUCAAGAAACGGCAGCUGAGGUGGAAAACGUCAUCAAGGACGGUAUGGCAUUACGAAGAUGGAUUAUGAAUCAACAAGAUAAGCUGUUCAUUCUACCUUAAUUUUGUUAAAAAAGUUGAUGGAUUGUAAAAAAAAAAAUCCUCACUUUUGAAUUCAAAGGCUCACUUUAUCUGACUGUCUGUAACCAGCUUGAAAAGCUGUACUUUUGUUCAUAUCUAUCAAACGCAUUAUCCAAAUUAAAUUGUAAAUAAAUAAAAAAUCGCAAUUAAAAAA